AUGGCGCUCCCUGGGGCCUGCAGGACAGGGGGAGAGGGCUGCAGUCAGCAGGGAGGUGCAGGGGGGACACCAGGGCCCCGCAACAACCCCCCCAACCUGGGCCCCCGCCCGCAGGAGCUGCAGACUCCACGGCCCGCGAGCCGCCCCCUGUCGCCGCCCCCAGCGGGCGCGCGCCUGGGGUGUGGCCGCCCCUACCAGCCGCCCCCCCACCGCGCCCCUCCCGGACUGCGGGGGCCGGGGCAGUCGGGGUCGACUCAUUUCCCCGGGCCCGCACUGGCCGCCAGGGGGCGCUGCCGAGCCCGCACCCCAUUGUUUGGAGCCCACCCGGCCUGGCCCAUCGCGGCCGACGGGGAUUCGGGGUGCGCACACUCACCCCGGGGGCAUGAACACGCCGGAGGGGGCGGUGAUGGGGGGCGGGCGGCUUCCUUCAAGAGGGCGCGCCCGCCGAGCGCCGCUCCUUGCGGCGGCUGUUGCUGCUGCGGCGGCGGCGGCUACUGCCGCUCUAACUGCAGUGGCGGCUGCUGCUGCUGUGGCCGCUGCUGCUCCCGCUCGGGCUGGAGGCGCGUCCGCGUCGUGGCCGCCGCCGCCGAUCCUGCUGCUGCUGCUGCUGCUCCAGUGAGCGGUACCCGCCGCCGUUGCCAGGGGAAACUCGCCGCCCCGUUACCCAGCAACAAGCCUGGCCCAACCAGGCGCGAGGACCCCCAGGCCCCGCCCGCCGCUGCCCACCGCGUGCCCAAUGCCAGGCGGGCAGAGCCGGCCCGGCUCCCGGAGACGGCGAGCGCGCUCAUUGGCCGCCGCCGCGCCCGCCCGCCCGGAUCUGGGGGAGCCCUCGGCGCGGGGGGCGGGGAGCCGGGCCCCGGGGAGCUGCCGGGCGCACGGCCUGCAAGCCUGCGGCCGGCUGGGGUGAGGCCCGGGCUGGGCACCGUCCCAUCCCCCUCCCCCCGCACACCCCACCCCGCGCUCCCGGGCGAGGAUGGGCACUUGGGAUGGGCUGGAAACAGGCGCUGCGCAGCCCGUGUCUCCACCCGCCCGGAAGGGUCAAGCUUGUUGAUCUCCCAGGACUCGGGCAUCUGA